GUUUUCCUCGGAUAGAUGGCGGUUCUGUUAAUUGCUAGAGCUGUUGACGUUAAUGUGUUUAUUUGAGUGGGGUUUGCGUGCGAGUUGGUUCGUAGUUGCGCAUAGUUUCCUAAAAGGUUCUGAUAUGAGAGGUGGUGCAUCGAAAAACUGUAUCUGAAGGAACAAGUAAAUAGUUCAAAUACGACAGCAGGCAGGUUCGGUGAUCGUGAUUAAUGGCCAGGUGGUGGAUUAUCCGUGUCGGUAAUAAAUGUACGAUGAUGAGCCAUAUGCACCAAUCGGGAGUUCGUCAUGUGUAGAUAACAAAAGUACCUUAUCGUGUGCUGCGGGGGAUACGGCCUCAACGCCGAAGGAAUGCUCGACGGUGAAUCAGAAUAACUUGAUAAUACCGACUCGUCGAUCGUGAAUUAUGGACGCCAUGGAGGUGUCGCCGCGAGACUCACUGAAGCUCUACUUCAGCGAAGUCAAGGAUUCGAAUGAAGCUAAUUUGGAUUACGAUGAGGAGCACGUUUUGCUGGAUGAAGUGGAACUGGCGGCAGAUUUUCUACAGAAAGCAGGACUCUCCGAUCUGCCCAAGCUCUACCACCAGGGCAAAGAGAUCUCCGAUUCCAUCGUAAACGAUUCCAUUCGCCAAAUUCAUUUGACUGAGAAACAGGCACAGACUGUAAGGUCGAGGGUUAGGACCCUGAAUAAAACGCUCAGGAAUCACAGACAGCCCAGACGAAAACAGCGGCAAGAUAUUAGAGACGUAACCUGGAAUUUGGAAACAUCGAGCACCGGGUCUCGUUCGAGAAGCGCGACUCCUGAUUCUUUGGACUUCACUCCUGUCAUUAACGAAGAUCUUACUACUUCAGACGAGGAUCAACAACUCUCUCUGCCAUCAUUCCCUUUAGAUUCGACUGGAAAUUUACCCAAAGGUAAACUAAAAUGGACAUCGAGCGAACCAAUACCCAGCAAGGUUUUGAGUCGACAGGACCGUGGGGAUGUAGCUCACUUAGGUUCUGAUAACGUUGUACUUAAAGGAUACCAUCCUCUCAAUGAAUACCCGACUCUUAAAAGGGAACGCAGCGGCAGCGAUCCUUCAACCGACGUCCACCUGAAAGCAAUCAGCACUCAACCAUUUAUUUCUUCGGAUUUUCAUGGCAUCUUCGGAAACGCCAGUAAUUUAGAUGGUACAAGUAGUAUGGAAAAUGAUAUUUUGAGUUUUGAAGGUUUGGCUCGUCGCAACGAAGCGCCCGUAAAUUGCACUCUUCAACUCGAAAACCUUGUAAACAUCGAUAGUUUGACGGACGGGGAAUAUCAGUAUUUGAAACCGCUUCUGUGGGUUGAAGUGACUGCAAUUUUCGAUCAGCAUAAAAUUGCCGUGGUUAAGAGGAAAGCUAGCAGUAAACACAAACGCGGAAAUGUAUUUGGUGUGAACCUUUCAACUUUGGUGAUGCGCGACAUGCCUAUACCGACUGAUAAUUCCAUGGUGCCUCAAGUAUACCAAAGUGUGAUUAGGCAACUGAACGAUAGGAUCAAAGAGGACGGAAUUUUGAGGAUAGCUGGACAGAAGCACAAAUUAGAAGUGCUUUGCCACGAGGUAGAAAUGAAGUUUUACAACAAUCGUCGGCAUGUAGAGACGGUCUUAACAGAGGCUUCAGUACACGAUUUGACAGGCGUUCUGAAAAAGCUAUUACGCGAAUUACCAGAUCCAGUAUUCACUAUGGAACUAUUCGAUAUGUUCUAUAAAUGUCACUCCAUUCCAGAUUUAAUGGAUAAAAUUAGGGCUUUAAAUAUUUUGGUGCUGAUGCUUCCCGUCGAGCACAGGAACACUUUUAGGAUACUACUGCAGUUCUUCGUGAACGUCAUCAAAAAUGAAAAAUAUAAUCGGAUGAACUUACAUAACGUCGCGAUGAUAUCGGCUCCAUCUUUCUUUCCACUUAGAUUUUUAACUCCUAAGGGAAACAGAGACGAUAAGCAACCAUUGAGCAGGGACCAAAUAUUAAAAGAGGUUAGCGAUGCUGCCGUUUGCUGCGGGAUUAUGGAACUGAUUCUGCACACGGGUGAUGCGUUGUGGAUGAUACCGGCGGAGCUCGCGAACCAAGCGCAAGAGUCGCAGAAAAGGGCCCAAGACCGCAAAGAAUCGGGCAAAGAGAAAAAGGCUGUACGUGUGAAGUAUUCUUGCCCUUCGUGGUGUUGUGUAAUGCUGGGCGUUCUAAGAAGAAAUUGCAAAGGAGUAGUACACAGUAUGAACCAGGUGCCAUGUUAAAUCCUAGACUUAAGCGAGAAUUUUUAUACGAUUGAGCUGGAAACUACUUCUCAUUCCUCUUUAGUGCCUUUAUACAAGUAAAAGUAAUUAUCCCCUCAAUCCCCACCAACAUUAUGUGAUUUAUUGUUUUACUACUUCGUUUAAAUAU